UCGGAACACUAAAUUCCCAGGAUCGUUAUUAGGAAUCAAAGAAUCGGUCCCUUCCGCUUGCACUAUCAAAGGGAGCAGGACUCUUUUUUACGCAAAGAGCAGAACAGAAGCACGUUUUGUAGCGAUUAUAUCAGGUUUAGACGCAAUCGCGAUCCCGACAUGAAACAGAAAACUAUGUACGCAUUGUCCGUAACGAUUAGUUGAAUGCCACUUCCGCUCGCAAAACUUUUCUAGCUUCUUGGAAAGACUGCUCCGAAAGUUACCAAUUCGAUAAACAAUAAAUAAAAUACAAUGGCCAGUGACAUGGAUUGUGAAAAAUCUGUCGCAGAGUUGAUGAAGAAGAAGAAUGAGUGCGCCAAAGAAUUGUUCUCUGGAAAGAAAUACAAAGAAGCAUUAACAGAAUAUACAGAACUUAUAGAAUUGAGUCCACAAUCUUCUCUAUACUAUGGAAACAGAGCUGCGUGCUAUAUGAUGCUUGGUAAAUAUCACGACGCUUUGAAUGAUGCAAAAAAAUGCAUUGAAAUCGAUGCAAGUGUCUACAAAGCUUACAGAAGAGUGAUAAGAUGCUGCCUAGUUUUGGGAGACGUUGGUCAAGCUCAAUCCACUUUAACAAAGUUAUUGGAGCUUGAUCCUGAUAAUAAUUCGAUAGCUGCGGAAAAAAAAGAUUUAGAGUAUGUACAAAGGUAUCUUAAAGAUGCCGAUGCUGCGUAUAAUUCCAAGGAUUUCCGAAAGGUCGUGUACUGCAUGGACCGUUGCUGCGAUGUAAGCACUUCGUGUCCACAAUUCAAACUGACUAAAGCGGAAUGUUUAGCAUUUUUAGGAAGAUACCAAGAAGCACAAGAAACUGCAAAUGGGAUCUUGCAGUUCGAUAAACAAAACGUGGACGCAUUGUACGUUCGCGGUAUGUGUUUAUACUUCCAAGAUGAUAUCGACAGAGCGUUCACGCAUUUUCAACAAGUACUCAAGCUGGCUCCGGAUCAUGCCAAGGCAUUAGAAAUAUACAAGCGAGCCAAGAACCUAAAGAAAAAGAAAGAAGAGGGUAACGCUGCUUACAAAACAGAGCAGUAUCAAGAAGCAUACAGAUUGUACACCGAAGCGUUGUCUAUAGAUCCUCAAAACAUAGUGACGAACGCAAAGCUUCAUUUUAAUAAAGCGACAGUAGCUACAAAGUUGGGUCUUUUAACCGAAUCGGUCGCGGAAUGUACAAAGGCGUUGCAAUUAGACGCGAAUUAUUUGAAGGCUCUUUUGAGACGAGCGGCGUCUUACAUGGAACUUAAAGAAUACGAAGAAGCCGUUCACGAUCUCGAGAAAGCGUGUAAAAUGGACAAGAGCCGCGACAACAAACGAUUACUGAUGGAAGCAAAGUUUGCGUUGAAGGCAUCGAAGAGAAAGGAUUAUUACAAGAUUUUAGGAAUCGAUAAAAACGCGUCGACCGAUGACAUUAAGAAAGCGUACAGAAAAAGAGCAAUGGUACAUCAUCCAGAUCGACACCCGAACGUAACCGAAAGAGAGAAAAGGGAACAAGAGAAGAAGUUCAAAGAAGUUGGCGAAGCCUAUGGCAUUUUAUCGGACCCUAAGAAGCGAUCGCGUUACGACAACGGCCACGACGUGGAAGACGGCGAUAAUGGAUUCGAAGGUAUGGCUGAAUCCGCAGCCUUCCAAACGCUCUUUACUCAACACAACGGUUACCCCUUCCAUACAGGAGGUGGUUGUACCGGUGGUGGUUUUUCCAGUGGUUUUACCGAUAGUUUUAUUUACCACUUUACUUGACCAGAUUCAGUGAAGCGCAUCUUUAAUCUUUAUACCUCGUUACUGUAUUUAGUUUUAUUCGACAAAUGAGUAUCUUAGGAUUUUAUGUACCUUCUAUUCGUAGCGCAAACCCGUACCCCUAGACAACGUAAAUAAUAUAAAACUUAUUAGAUAUAGUUUUAUAUAUUUAUUUAAAUACUUGUAAAUAUGUCUUAUAUAUGUAAUAUCCUUGUAUCGUACAUCUUCGCGAUACGAUAAGCGUAAACGAUGAGUCUUAUGGUUCGUGUCGGUUCUUAAACUGGUCAAACUUCUUGGGAAAGUGCAGUUGCAUCAACAUAGGUAUUUACUAAAUGUUAAAGAGUUAAUCUACGACUAUGAAUUUUCUGAACCUGCUUCGAUUCGUUUGCGCCCGUUAUAUUAUUUCUAAAUUGGCUUCGUUAUGAGAUAAACAAAUUCCACGCGUUUCUUGGUAGAAACGUAAUGUACGAAGCAUUGUUAAAUUGACCUCAAUAAAUUCUUGAACAAACCA